AUGCCCACAGAGGAUGAAAGAGAGGUGGGCCGAUCUACAGACAAACCUCAAGAUCUGGUCACUCCCCACGAGUAUCAACCAAUUUCUUCGGAUCAAAACCAGCCACCCGCGUCUGCACCUCCGCAAAGCCAAGUAUCCCCGGCCCCUCGGAGAUUCCUGGCUCAGCCAAUCGAAACCAUAUCGCGAAGCUCCAAUGUCAAGCAAUCGGCUUUGAGCGGAGCAAAGCAAUCCGAUCUAUCACAACCCGAAAUACAUUCGGAAGAGCCUGAAAAUCGACCGACCAGAAGAUUCCUACCUGAACCCAUUGAAACAACCAAAGCUAGUAAGAGACGCUCUCGUUCCGCUUCUGAGAUACAUGGAGGGAAUUCUGCAUCUCAAAAUAAGACAUCGACGGCUCCAAGAAGGUUUAAACCCGACCUAAUAGAAACCGAUACCCGCUCGGUCCGAAAAGGAGAACCCCGGUUUCCCCAACGGCACAAUGCCGUAGGAUCCUCAGCGCCUCAUACCUCCAUUAGUUCAGACAAGAGAUCGUGGCCAGAUCCAAACCACCAUGUUUACGCCUAUCUGCAAUCUGAGUCUCACUUUUCGUAUUCGAAUCUUCUGCGCCGACAGCAAGCCCGCAGACACUCGUUCCGAGUUCCGGAUCUCCCAUCAAUACCCUCUGACAGCAGUGAAGACUCGGAUGACUCCAGGCCGCAUUCAGCGUCUACUUCGCCACCUGGGCCUUCCAAUAAAGCGACACAAGAUUUAUACGCGAGUAUUCUACCCCGUCAAAGCUCCGACGGGAAGAUCUCAGAAUUUCUGCUCUCUCUUGCCGCUCGAUCCGCAGAGAAGCAGUUGGCGGAGCAAGCGUUGGCUGCCUUUCCCAACGAGCAAGUGCACGAAACUGUUGAUCAUUUCACCAUCGAUAAAGAUGAUGGAGAUUCAGACGAUGGUCAUGUGUCCAAUAUGAAGUAUGAUCAUGUCAAGUCUCGACGACAAUCUUCGGCAGAUUUAUCCUGGGAACUUGAAUAUAUGCGUCACCACAAGGAGGAGGCUGAAAUGAGGAUCCGCGCUAUGGUUACAUCUGGACAAAAUAGCUCUUCACCAGAGCGCAAGAAGAAUGACCAUAGCCCGCCCAUGCUUGGCCUUGAUAUUGUGCUCCCUCGAAGCGCCUCACCCGAGGGAACAAUAUUUGAGCACCUUAGCAAUGAUGCAGGCUCUCAUAACGUACAGGAUCUUUGUGCUAGCUGUGGUGGCUUAUGGUACGCAGCGCCUCCCCGAGAUGAUGGAAAGGGCGCCGGUCUUUGGAUGGGCACUUGUUGCAAGGACGAGAACCAAGAGCGGCAAAUAUACGGCCUCAUGCCUGGAAUCGUUACCCCCAUGCCUCAUGUCGAUGAAUCUGGCGUUAGCAAGGGACUCAGCCCAUCUCCUUCACAUAUAAAUCUGGAUCGUCUCGCGGCCUCGCCCGGAAGCCAUACUUCCCUGAAGCCCGCGAGCCCUAAUCUCCAGAAAGCCAUCGAGUCCGAAUUCCAUGAUGAAUUCGUGACUCAAAUUUAUAAUUACUUGUCUUUGGGUUACCCGUGUCUGGCCCGUUAUUAUGACUACGAACUUAGCCGGAUUUCGGGCAUCCCCAUCGAGGAUCUUCGUCGGGACGAUUUGCAGACGGAUGCUAGAGGCUACGUUGUAGCCCCCGAGAAUGACGAUUUUGUGGAUGCAUGCACACGAUGGAAAGCUCUCCGUCUAUAUAUCAAGGAAUGGGCGAGACAGGAGCCUGGUAUGGCUGAAGAAGAUACCAAUAUUGAAGGCUGGGGACUGCCGGAACGAAGAGGCAGCUGGGCCAUUUGA